AAUCAGACUGCUCACAAUGAUUGUGUCCCCUGCUUUGUGUCCGAUGUCCUCCUGUUCCAAGUAAAAAACCAUCGUUGAAUGACAUGAAGCGAAUAACUGACUCCUCUCUGACUCUAUGGUUCUGCUGUAAUCUUCCUUUGAGGACCUCUUUCGUCCAUCUCAGUUGCUCUUUCUGAAAAUUUUCCAGACACAAAAGAGAUCUGGGAAAUACCAUGAUCAAUGGACGUGCGAGUCAACAGGGCAUCUUUAAAGUAAAUCUGAAUCUCAGCUGAAAACUUAACCAAGAUUCCUUCUCAUUUCCCUGUAUCUACAGACAGACACUAAGGAUUAAGAUGCCUCGAGAUGUGUAUACCUCCCAGAGUGCUACCAAUAGCUCAGGGUUUCAGGUGUCCGAGUUCGUCCUGCUGGGGCUCCCGGGCAUUCACGAGUGGCAGCACUGGCUCUCCCUGCCGCUGGCUCUGCUCUACCUCUUAGCCCUCGGUGCCAAUCUCCUCAUCGUGAUCACCAUCCACCAUGAGCUUAACCUGCACCAGCCCAUGUACCAAUUGCUUAGUGUCCUGGCUGUAGUGGACAUUGGCUUGGCUACGACCAUCAUGCCCAGAAUUCUGGCCAUCUUCUGGUUUGAUGCCAAGGCCGUUAGCCUCCCUGAGUGUUUUGCUCAGAUCUACGCUGUCCACUGUUUUACUACCAUGGAGUCAGGCGUCUUCCUCUGCAUGGCUGUGGAUCGAUAUGUAGCCAUCUGCCACCCACUCCGGUACCCCUCCGUAGUCACUGGAGUUUUUGUGGUCAAAGCCGUGGUGUUCAUGGUGCUUAGGAACGUCCUGCUAACCAUCCCAGUGCCUGUACUGGCUGCCCAGAGAUGCUACUGCUCCAAGAACGAAAUCGAGCACUGCAUGUGCUCAAACCCGGGGGUCACUGGCUUGGCCUGCGAUGACAUCACCAUCAAUAGGUUUUAUCAGCUGGCUUUGGCGUGGGUCAUUGGGGGAAGUGACAUGGCUCUGGUCUUUAUUUCCUACGUUCUGAUCUUUCGCUCUGUGCUGAGGCUGAACUCUGCUGAGGCAAUAGUCAAGGCUCUGAGCACCUGCAGCUCUCAUCUCAUCCUCAUCUUCUUUUUCUACACAACCAUUGUUGUAGUGUCCAUAGCCCAGCUGGCCGGAAAAGCCGUUCCCAUCUUCCCUGUCCUUCUCAACGUGCUUAACAUUGUCAUUCCCCCAGCCCUUAACCCCAUGGUGUAUGCUCUGAGGACCCAUGAGCUCAGAGUGGGCUUCCAGAGGGUGCUUGGGUUGCAUGAGAACGUGUUCCAGAAGUGACACCACCUUAAAGAUGUGCUGUGCUGCAAAGGAGCACAGGUUUUAAAGCCCAACAA